UCAGGUCUCAGGAGGGCGUGGAUUAAGUUCUCCAGCCUCGAGCUCUGGCCCUGGAGCCUCCAGGUUUCAGCCAUAUGCGUCUUAUUCGCUCCGGUUUCGGUGUCGUCGCCAAGCUAAUUUAUUCAGGCUCUGUGGCUCCUCUGCCUUCAUCUUAAGCUCGACAUGCCGGAGUACCUGGACGACCCGUCUGUGCUCACCAAAGACAAGCUAAAGAGCGAGCUUGUUGCUCACAAUGUGGAACUACCGAGCGGCAACCCGACCAAGGAUGUGUAUGUGCAGCUUUAUCUAAAGAACCUGACGGUCCAGAACGAGAAGAACGUAGUUCUGGAUGCGUUCUCCAGUGACGAGGAGCUGCCGCCUGUCGUGGCCUCCAAUCGAAGCCGCUCUUCCGGAAGGAAAGCCGCCACGAAAUCAAACAAACAUCAUGUGGAGCAAGUUGACAUCACAUCACUUACUGACGAGAGCCUGAGGGACGAAUUGCAAAAGCAUGGGAUGAAAGUGGGGCCAGUUGUAGACUCAACCCGUGAACUGUAUCAGAAGAAGCUGCAGAAGUUCUUGGACGACAGUCCUGCACAGUCGUUUCCCACAGAAAUACAGGUCAACCACAACGGCAACUCUGAGUCUGAGAUCUACAGCGACACUGAGGACGUAGUGAUAGCAGUACCAGAACCUGUGAUUGAACCUGAAGCAGUUCCAGUGGUGGAGACACAAGUGAGGAGCAGAGGGAAGUCCUCAGCGAGCAGUCAGAGCAGCACCAGCAGCAGCAGCCAGAACCAGGCGGUUGAGAAAAUCACUUCCAAUGAUCAGACACUUAAAGUGGAGAAAGAUGUUCUGAAGGAGCUUUUUCCUGAUUUAAGUAGUCCAACAGGAAUCAGUGCCAGCUGCCGAAAGCCCAUCCGAGGAGCAGCUGGACGGCCGCUAAUCUCCAGUGACUUAUGGAGUGAUGAGAAUUCCUGUCUGUCUCCAAAGACCACAAAGACCAGCAGCUACUCCUACACAGGGAGCCAUGCAGUCAACAGAGUGUCCAGUUUGAAUCCUGCCACCUCCUUCACAUCUUUUAGCUCCUCUAGUUCCUCCUCCUCCUCCAAGCUUUCUGCUACAGCUCCAUCUGCAGGUCCACCCAGAGCAGUGCGGCGCAGUGUGACUUUAUGGAAAAAGCUGGCCCUGUUUGCUAUUUUGGCCACAUUCAUGAUUUUUGUUUACCUGACCAUGGAGACCAACUCUGUCAGCCCAUUUCAGGCCUCAGACUCAAAAUCAUUUGCAAGUGGAACACCAUAAAGAGUGCAUAUAUAGUUUGAAGGGGCCUAGUCACUGUCAAUGCCUCUACUUCAUUUUUAAGGUGUGAAUUUGCAGUGUAGCCAGUUUAUCUUACCUCAAGAUUACCUGAUGUCAAAUUCUAUUUUUAAGGAAGUGUCUUUCUUCCCUAAUAAGUCUUAAGUUGUAAAGGUCUAAGUUGUGAUGUAGUGACAUUUGCCCCAAAGGAUUACUUUCAGCAGAUGUGAAAGGGUUGACUCUUGUCUUGCUGUCUUGGUCCAUUAUUGACCCUGGACUUAUACCAGAAUUACCCACUGAUCAUUUUUAGAAAAAUAAACAAGAACUUUCUUCUUAAUAUGUUUUUUUUAAACUUCAAUUCUUGAUAUAUUUUCUUGAGGCUUCUUGUGAAACUUAAUUGAAUUCCUUUAUUUCAUUCUUAUGUAGUCAUAUUAAAUAAACUUUAGUGUUUCAGUUUGCUGAUUAUGCUGUUUUUGAUCAUCCUCCUGUUGGAAAUUGUUGCAUUUAUCACUUUAUGUUUUGGAUUUGUUUUGUGCUCUCUUUGGAAUAGUUAUUAUAAACACCAUCUUUGUGUUUUUAGUGACAACAUUCACAAAGAGCACAAGGCUAGACAGGUAAAGAUAUAAAUGCCCCAUCAGGACAUUUUACAUUGGAUCAAACAAGAAGAGAUAUUUAUUAGAAUUCAACCUCUCAACAAGUUUCCAAAGGUCAAUUGGAACAAAAACAACCCAGAUAGGAAAAUGAGUGAAUCAACAUUGAAACAAAGUCGGGCAGAAACAUUGGAUCCAUAUUGAAGCCUGACAUUAAAAUGAUACUGAAAGUGGUCGGUGACUUGCAUGUUGAAUCAACGUUGAGGUUUCAUCCAUAACUGACAUAUCAGUGUUGAUUCAAUCAUUAUCUGAAUGUGGAUUUGCAUGCAUAUUUGUGUUGAUUUUAUAUUGAAUCAAUGUUUGGAAUUAAUGUUGACUCAUGUCCACUUUUUGGUCUGAUAAGUCUACAUCAUGGCAUACUAUUAAAAGUUUCUUCACUGCUGUUAAA